AUGAAGCCUCCCGAAAUCAAGACUGCACUAUCGGGUUUUUCCACGGCUCCUAACGCGCCUCCAAACGGUUCUCUGUUUGGCGGACAAGGGCAACAGACGCAGCAGCUGGGGCAAUCCGGUGGUCUCUUUGGUGGAUUGGGUGGAACCACACAACAACAGAAUCAGCCCGGAGGGGGUCUCCUUGGUGGAACGAACAACAAUGCUCAGCCUGCAGGAGGGCUCUUUGGUGCAGCAAGCGGGAGCAAUCAGCAACAAGGACAGCCUGCCGGGGGACUGUUUGGCGGGGCGGGUGGAAACGCUCAACCUACAGGCGGGCUUUUUGGCAAUGCGAGCAAUGCCACGCAGAGUCAGCCUACGGGUAGCUUGUUUGGUGGCGCACAGCAGCAGACUCAGCCCUCAGGCGGUCUCUUCGGGAAUACAGGUCAGAACCAGCAGCAACAACCGUCCUCCGGUUUAUUUGGCCAGCAGGCGACUAACAUAGCACCUCAAUCGACUUUCCUUUCUCCACAAAAUGCAGGCCAAUCCAAUGCUCAGGCGGGCGGUGGCCUUUUUGGAGCCAGCAACAACCAGCAGGGAGGUUCACUGUUCGGCUCCACCAAUACCGGAUUGUUCGGCCAGCAACAAAAACCACAGUCGGCCACCUUGCAACAAUCUCAGCUCAAUCAGCCUGCUGCACCGAUGGGACCACCUCCUUUCAUAAGAUCGACCAAAUUCAAUGAUCUUCCCGAUUACUUGAAAAAAACUUUUGAGGAGAUUGAGGCCCAUAUUCAAGGCCGAGUCCAAAUAGCUACCGACUUGAAGCAGCGGAAAGUCGGUGACGAAGCAGCGAAGGGUCAAGACCUUAUUCGCAGUGUUCACAAGGAUCUCAUCAAGUCUAUCACCACGCUUCAAUCUGAUGUUCUUUUGACUCGAGAUGUGAAAGCGAAAGUCGACCAAACCGUGCAAGACACUAUCGUCUCCACGCACAUUAUUGAUGGAUUCCGGAACCCGCAACAGCAGCACGGAUCACAUUUGAGGAACCAUGCUUCCUUCCCCCUCGAAUUCUUCACACGCCUUGCGGAACAAAUGCGGAGGCGCCUACAAUGGUACAAAGCGACCAUCGAGCAAAUCGAAAGGAAGUUGGAUUCGACAGCUCACCAUGCGCAGUACACACCACAAGCGAUAUCGACCACAUUGGAAGCCCAGCAUGCUUCGUUCAUCGCUCUAGCAAACAAAACUGCUGCCUUGGAUGCCAGCUUGCAAAAGGUGAAGGCGAUCUAUACGCAGCUGUGGCGUACUAAAACAGGAAGUAUGCGAGAUCCUUUCAAUGAGUUGGAUAGAGGGGCUGGUGGUGAAUUUGGUUUGGAAGGAUUGUCCGGGUAGUGAGAAUGUUCUUGGUUCAUCGAUGUUUUGUAUCUCUGUUUGCUUUGACAUCCCUCUUUGUCUUCAUCGACUACUCUGUGGGACCUAAACAAUUUCUUGCUU